AUGGUGGUGGUGGGGGUGGUGGCGGCGGUGCUGGUGGGGCUGGAGUCGAGACAUCGCCGCCUCAGUGCAUCAGAUGUGGCUGGCGUGUGGACAGUAGUCACUGUGUUCCCCACCAAUGCAAGCGAGAUCUCCGCUGCUCACAACCCACCAUCCCUUCAGUCGCCAACCCAAACCGUAUUCCCAAGCUCCCAAUACAACUCCUCAUCCAACCAACAAUGUGCUCACGUGCACGCCCUGCUCUCCUGCGUGCCCCGUGACCUGCGUGACAUGCACAACCUACGCCAAUGUAGGUCAUUCCAGCACACCGACUGGCCUUCAUGA